AUGGCUCUUCCGCUGCUCGCUUCCCCCGGUGCUCCUCUCUCCUUCGCGUCUCCGCAGCUUGGUUCACUGAAUACGCUCUUCUCGCCUCCCAUGGGCUCGCCUGACACGCGCGCGCCACUGAACACGCCCUUCACGCCUCCCACGGGAUCGGUAUAUGAUGAUGCGUUAACUUCUGCUCGUUCUGGCGAGCCUCUGUCCGCGGUGGAUCAGCAGCAGCGGCGUGGGAAGCUGCAGGAGGGGGGGAAGUCGACCCCUUCGACAGCCGGGAGCGCAUGUGCUACCGCAGGGCAUAAGAGAGCUGUUGAAGCAGCAGCAGGAGCAACGAGCAGCACAGGCGUCAUGUGCGUGGAUCAGCAUGGGCAGGGAGUAAUGGAGGAAAUGACGAUGGUGGAGAGGCAAGUGCAGGUGUGGGUGCUGCAGGUGGAGAUGGUGGAGAUGGGAAUCUGGAGACGCGCGAUGGUACCUGGGGGUGGUUCUGGGCUGCUCUUCCCCACGUCUCACCGUGCCGUCCCUCCAGUGUCAUCGCCUCGCCUGUCGGCCUCAAGCAGGCAGAAGAAAGAGAGCAGGCCUGCAAGGAACAGGAAGCAGGGGCGUGCUGCAUGGUCCUGGUCGGUGCACAUGGUGCUGCUGCAGGCAGUGCAGCUGGUGGCCAUGGUGGGCGUGGCAGCAGGCGUGUACUCCUCUGCGUGGACGCUCAUUCAGUCCCUGGAUCACCGCUUGCUUCCCUUCUGUGACACCCAUGGCAACAGCCAUUCAAAAUCCACCUCUGGGGAGCCUGAUUCGCUGUCAUCGUCGGUAUUGCCACAGCAGCACGAGCCUCUUUUUCUCUCCACGGUCGCACAUGCACCCGCCAUGUCUCCUUCUCGUCACUCCCCUCUGUACUCUCUCUCUCAGUCCUCUCCUCCCCCUGCGGCCUCUGCUGUUCGCUGCCGGCCGUGCCCAGACCACGCUGAAUGCUCCAUUGGAGUAGCUAAGUGCCUUCCCAGCUACAGCCCUGCUUCAGGCUACAACCGUCCCCGCUACAGCCGUGCUUCAGACCGCAGCCGAUUGGGCGCCAGUUACAGACAAACCAGCAGUAGUAGCAGCAGCAGUGGCAGUGGCAGUGGCAGUGGCAGUGGCAGUAGCAGUACCACCAGGGGGCUAGAGGACAGUAACAGUGGCGGGAAGAUCACCUGGUGGUAUGCCCUUGUCUCGUCCUCCCCUGCGUGCGUUCCUGACCCAAUUGUGGACCGACAAGUGGCAGCUCUGGAGAGGGACGUGGUUGGCUGGGCGUGUCAGAAACGUGCGUGGCAGAUGUGUGCGGAUGCACCUGCCAGCCUGGCAGAUGGGAUCAGGAAGGCUACACAAUCUGUAAUCCAGAUGAUUCUGCACAGUAUAGGAACUGUUUACAGAGAUGCGGGUGGUGGGAGUUGCAGUGCUGGGGGUGAUGGGAAGGCGUGCCGGUGGGUGAAUACGGAAGGAGACGCCUUUGCAGGAAGGAGUGGGAGUGGGUAUGUGAGUGAGUGGGAGGUGAGAGAGGCUCUUGAUCUUCCCAUGGCCCCUGCCUCUGCCUUUCCUCUUCAGUCUUCCGCCCAAGGCAGUGCAUCAUCCGCCGUUCCUGUGCCUCCGCUGGCAGAAGCAGCAUUGUCACCAGCAAGUUUGAUACUGGAUGGUUGGCAACAGGAGCAGCUGGAACAGCAGCAACAGCAGCAGCAGGAGGGGGGAUCACGGGAGGCAGAGUCAGGUUCGAGCAAGCAUGAGACGGAUUUUCUCGUUGCACUGGUUGCUGAUAGGGCGUUUGCCAGAGUUCAGUCGGGUGAGACUCUGCUCCGUCCGGGCAGGAGGGAGAAAACUUUUACCUGCCCGGAUGACCUGGCACAAGAGCUGGUGUCCAACAGCUGCUGGGCAUGGUAUGUGGUGGCUUCUCAUUGGUUGGACCUUCUUCUGGCCCUGCCCUGUGGGAUUCUGUUUGCUGUUGCUGGCUUGAUGAUAAAGAGGCGGAGAGAGUGGGAAGAGGUGGUCAGAACAACAUACACUCAUGUCUGUGUGCUGCUACAGCAAGCUGCACAAGAUGCCGAGUCCUGCCGGAUGCAGACGGGAUACGCCCGCCAGUCCUGGGUUAUGGAAGAGGCGCUUCGAGUGCACCUGUUUCCACCUCAAGUUGGAGUCCACACAUCCUCUGAUUCACUAUCUACAGUACUUGGUACUGUAAUUGCUACAGUGCAAGUUGCGAUUAAACAGCGGAGUGAAAAGAGGCGCCAGCACGCGGUGGAGAGGCUGUGGAGGGAGGUUCGGCAGUGGGUUGAAGGCGAUUACAGAAUCCUGGUCUAUCCACGAAUCGUGGCGGAUGCAACGAAGGUUGUGUGGGAGUGGCAGGUUGAUGCAAGAAUGUCAACGCCCUCAGCGAAGCUUUCAUAG